AUGGCCUUCCUGGGCAACAGAUGGUUGCGGUCGGCAUGUUCUCCUCCGUUCGCGGUGUCAAGGAGGAGAAUGUCGGCCGCUUCGAACAAGAUGUUCUCCAAGAUACUGAUCGCCAAUCGGGGAGAGAUCGCCUGCCGAAUCAUCAAGACGGCCAAGCGAAUGGGGGUGGCCACGGUCGCCGUGUACAGUGAUGCUGACGUCAAUUCUCUUCAUGCAAGUACAGGCCAAAGGAACACGUCAAUGUUCACUUUUCCGCGAAAGAUACAUGCGUGCAAGCAGGAUGCAGUCGAGGCCUUCGCGAGGAUAUUGAGCGUGGUACUACUGCUGCAGGCAUUACACCCGGGAUACGGCUUUCUCUCCGAGAAUGCCACCUUUGCCAAGCAGUGCGCCUCCGCGGGAGUCACGUUCAUCGGGCCCCCUGAAAAGGCCAUCGAUCAGAUGGGCUCGAAAAGCGUGGCCAAGGCCAUCAUGUCAGACGCUGGAGUUCCCGUAUGCCCGGGAUACCACGGGGAGGACCAGAGCGACGCUUUUCUAGAGGAAGAAGCAAAGAGGAUGGGGUUUCCGUUGAUGAUUAAGGCGGUGAUGGGAGGCGGGGGCAAGGGUAUGAGAUUAGUUCAGACGCCAGAGGGUUUCCAGUCGGCUCUGGAGGCGUGCCGGCGGGAGGCGGCAGCGGGAUUUGCGGAUGACCGCAUGCUGCUUGAGAGGCACCAGAAGGUUCUCGAAGAGGCUCCGGCCCCGGGCAUUAGUGAUGCCACCAGGGCAGAACUGGGGGAGGCCGCCGUGCGCGCUGCUAAGGCGGUGGGCUACGUCGGGGCCGGGACGGUGGAGUUUCUGAUGGACACGAGAACGCAAGAGUUCUUUUUCUGCGAGAUGAACACGCGCCUGCAGGUGGAACAUUCAGUCACGGAGAUGGUCACGGGUCUGGACCUGGUGGAGUGGCAGCUUCGCGUCGCCGCUGGCCAGGAACUCCCCUUGAAGAACCAGGCAGACAUUCCGCUGGUCGGGCACGCUAUCGAGGCACGAAUCUGCGCGGAGAACGUCGCCCGAGGAUUCCUGCCCGUCGCGGGAACGCUGCGACGCAUGCGCCUGCCCUCGAGAGCCGGAAGCGGCGGCGGCGGCGGCGGCGGCGGCGGCGGAGAGGUGAAGAUAAGAGUGGACACCGGGGUGCAAGAGGGGGACGCGGUGAGCGUGCACUACGAUCCCAUGGUGGCCAAGCUCAUCGUGCACGCCCCGACAAGGUCGGAGGGGCUGCAUGGCUUGCGGAAGGCCCUUAGGGACUUUCAGGUGGUAGGGCUACCGACCAACAUAGAUUUCUGCGAGCGCGUGGCGGGGCACCGGGGUUUCGAGGAGGGCGGCGUCACGACGGCGUUCUUGGAGGAGCAUGGGGACGAGGUAGUCCCGCCCCCGGAAACGAUGCCUCCUCCGCCGCACGCGGUGGUGCUGGCAUCGGUGGCGGUCCUACUGGAAGAGCAAGCAGCCGUGACGUUUCCCAACGACACCAGCCCAUGGUCUGCACGCAGCGGACCGUGGCGAGCCGUAGGCGUCCGCAAGCAGAAACUAGUCUUGUCUUCCCGUGAAACAGCGGCGGGUGCGAACGGGGCCGAUGAUGCUGGUUUAGAGGUCACUGUCGAGUGCCUGGCUGACGGUGGUUAUGUGGUGGAAACCCAUGGCGCGAGGUUUGCCGUGAGUGGGGCACAGCUGGAUGCGGGGGGCGCGAUGACCGCCAUCGUUGACGGCAGGCGAGCGGUAUUCGUUGGAUGCGACCGUGGAAGGUUGGGGCGCUGUCGGCGCCGAGGGGGAAGUUACGCUCUGGUGCAACCACGGGCCGCUGGAAGGAGACGGUCACGAUCGACACAGGUGUACGAGCUGGUCGUGACGAGACCAAGAGGUCGAGGGGCUCGGGGCUCUUCGAAGUCGGCCGCCGAGUCAACUGGGCGGGUGUCCUCGCCGAUGCCGGGCCGAGUUGUGCGAGUCUUGGCGGAGUCGGGAGAGGAUGUCGAGAAGGGACAAGAGCUGAUGAUCCUCGAGGCCAUGAAGAUGGAGCACACGGUGCCAGCACCUUUUGCGGGCAAGGUGGACUUGGUUUCGUACGUGGCGGGCGACCUAGUCGACGAAGGCUCGGUACUAAUCACCCUUAAACCCCUAACGAAGUAGAAAAUCAGUGCUGUCAACUCCGCCGGCGGAUUGGAGAGGGUGUUCUUUUUGAAACAUCUUCAUCUCCUUGUCAAGGGUGUACGGGGAGAGAGUGGGGAGGGGUGCGUGGCCCUCUUGUACAUGCGAACUUUUGUGGUGUUCCUGAGAUACAAGUAUUUAUCGCCAAGUCGGGAAGGGCAGUUAAUUUUCAGAUUUGGCGCCUUACCAGUUUGGAGCUCAGCAGUGUCUUAUCGGUGAUGAACGUUUAGCGAGGCAAUGGUAGCUGCAAAGCAAGAGAGGCUUAGCGCAGCCCAAUAAAGCAGAAGCGGUGCUGUGAUUCUCAGCGACCUUCCCUUUCCUUUCGUCAAUGCAUACAUCGUUUGCUUUGCUUCCGUUGGGGGGUAAAAGAUCAUGACGGCGGGUUCCCAUAUGC